UGGCCCAAGAAAAUCAGGAAAGCCCACAACUUAAAACUUAAACCAGGCCGGAAUAUAAAACUUCGCAACAGGAAGGGUUGACGACAUACGUCAAAAUCAACUUUCGCUCUGGAACUGUCAACCUGGUAGUUGGUGACAAGACUGUCAGCUCUUCAAAGGCAUGGGCCCUGAAAGACUAAUGGACGGAGAAUGGAUGACGACCGGGAACAGCGUAGAGAAAGACUUCUUCGAAAUUUUAGCCUACUCCGUGAAACACCUGAGGAACUACUCCCACCUCUGAGUAUUUUAAAGGAAUUCAUACGGGGAGUACAGCAAGAUGUCAAGGAAGAAGCCAAGGCGCUGAUAGCAGAGGAAGACCAUGAACAGGCCCUCGAACUUCUCUGUGUUGGAAUCGAUAAUGUUGGCGGAAUUCUGUCAAGUAAGGGAUAUAGCUGUGAUACAGCAAACGACGCCAGGCUCCUCAUCUUGAGGUCACAAUGUGGCAACAUGCUGGGAGCACACCUAGAAGCAUAUGAUGACGCAGAAAAAGGUUUGAAGUUUUUUUUCUCAGAUUUUAUUGAUCCCAAUUCUGUCCCUGCGGAAGUUGAGCGUGCGAAAGCCAUAUUCGCCUCACGCUGUAAACUAGGUCUUGGCCUUCUCGCGAAAUUCGCUGAUUUCUCAUUAGACGAAUCGGAACAAGAACAACCGGAAGUACCGGGCAUAAUAGGACUACUUGAAGCGCUUUUCAAUCUGACAAUGCCCGCUGCAACUACAACCAUACAGGAGUCAGAUUCAAAGGCUUUCGACACAGAUUGGAUCCCUUCUCACAAUAAAAAAAUUGCCAAAAACAGUAAGAUUACCACCUCCAGGCCUAGCGAAAAAAGAAGAAAGAUUAAACAGAUCUGUGAUGGUGCAGAGCCAACAUUUGCCAAAACAGUAUUUAGGCCUACACCAUCUUCAUCACAACAGUGGGUUAGACAGGGGGCAAGGCCAAAGAAAUCAAGCAACAAGGUAGGACGAGUACCUACUUCAAGUGUGGUGCCUGCAAAGUCUUCUAAGAAACAAACUGGCAAGGUCCCCAAACGAAACGAAGUUGAACCUUCAGCAGGUAGUGUCAGCCACGAAAAGGCCAGAAGUCCCAAGAAGAAAAACGAUCAGUGCCCUGCUUCCAAAGCAACAUCGGAAAAUCUCGCAGCUCUCCCAAUAUUCCACUGGGACAUUAAACACGUGUGUGGGAUAUGUUACUCACGAGGUCACGGUGAAGUAGUUGAACAACGAUUAGGGAGCAAGCCACUAAUGUGUGCCGGCUCACCAGGCGCACACGACUGGAAGAGCUGCAGGAUGGUGCUUGUAUACUCCAGCGAGAAGAAGAAAUGGCGUGAGGUCCGACGGAGGCAUGAGAACGCACCCCUUAUUCCGACACUUUGUACAUCUGGUGAUGCUUGCAAGCAUGGUCGAGACUGUUGGUUCCCACACUUCAAAGAAGAGAAAGACCUGUGGAUCUAUAUGGGUAGACACAAACUCACAAAUUUAACUGACGUAGUGUUCGCCGGACGUGCAUCCCCGGACGUUACGUCAAAAACACUCCCUUCCAAGUCGCAGCGUGACAAGCAACCCCCUCAGUCUCAGCAUUGCUGCACUUACUGCAAUACAUCUUACCUGGAACAGUGGCAGCUUCAACAGCACAUCCAAAGCAAGGAUCACUGGUCAAAGGUCAACUCAGACGAAGACAAGAAAGACCAGUGGAAGCAUCGCAGCCCGCCUUGGAAUGUCGUCAACGGACAGUACCAAGAAUGUUCAGAGAAUAAUAAUGGUAGAUGCGUGUUCACCGACUGCACCAAAGCACACGGUGCCGAAGAGUUGGAGGAAUGGAAGGAAAGACAUCGGUAUCGAAUGAUGAAAGUGAAGAAAGCCAAGGAGUGCAAGUUGUACGCAUUCAUGGACGAAGUUCUCGUUAAGUUCAACUUUUCUGCCUCACAAGGGAAGGACGUGAUUGCAGAGCGCUUACCUGGAGUCCGCAUCGACUGCUCUGAGGAUCUCGUCCAGUUUCUAGAUGCAGAGAGGAAGGACAGGGACUCGGCAUACACGUGUGCCUGGUCAUUUACCCUUGACCUCAAGGCCUCAGAAAAUAAAUUCCUGAAGCGUGUGUGCUUGUUCUACGACGACAACAGACUCUACUUCAGGUUGUCCCAGCCUGCUAAUGAAAGCGAGGCUCAGGUGUGUCCUGGCAACCUGAUUGUAGAGGAGGACAGGAGGACAUAUCGGAUUGACGUCAUCUUUCGCUCUCAGGUCCUCGGUCGCUUCUCCCAGUGGGUCCUCUUCGACCUGGGUUCUGAACCGUAUCUUGUCCAGAAACUUCAGGUCCUGGUUGGAUCGCACACACCGCACGACAAUUCCGAUGAGAUAAGCGGGGAAAAGAAGACAUUUGAGCCGUGGACUGACAGGAACUCGGAUAUUGUCAGAUUCUCCAAAGGCGACCGACAACCUUCAACUAGUAAAGAGCAGCUGCUCAACGACUAUGAAGUACCAACGCCACUCGGUAUUGAAGAUCUAGGGGAGUUGAGCCGGGACAACUACAGAGAGUACAUGCACACAAUGCUGUACUUGGAGGAACAGGAGUAUAAUAUCAAGAUAUCAAAGUUUGCAUCGGAGGGCAGAUUAGAAUGUUUCGAACAAAGCCUGUUUGGCAAGGUUGAUUUGAAGAGUGCACUGAUGGACGACUCGGAGAUCGCUCAAAUCAUGGAGAUAAACUUGCGCAAGAUAAUGAUGCUGAAAUUCCCAAACUCGGAGAAGGUGUAUGAAGCCAUCAUAUUGGACGCACAAAAUGACUUUGGGAAGCAAACCCAAGACAAGCUGUAUAUCAAGCUCAGUUCAACAUGCGUAAAGGAGAUGGACCUCAGAUGUCAAACUGAAUACCGGGUUGAGAUUCAACUUCAGUUGGAUCGGUCCCUUCUCUGCUACAUGCAUUCGGCAGUUGAUCACCUACAGAACAUGAAUAUGGUGUUCCCGCCUGUAGCAAACCCAGACAGGCUUCCACUCGUUGACAAAGUAGAACAACCAGGCACGGAUUGUCACCAGGAAAGAGCUAUUAGAUUCAUUUGUCAGUACAAAGGUGAGAAAGCAGAUCCAUCGUAUGGAGCUGGACCCUUGCUUCUUUGUGGACCGUUUGGAACAGGAAAGACUCGUACUAUGACGACGGCAGUAAGGCGUACCCUAAAGGAACGUCCGGACAGUAAGAUUCUCAUCUGCACGCACUCCAACAGUGCUGCAGAUUUAUACAUCACCGAACAUCUGCACAAGCUGGUGGAAGCUAAAGAAAUCAAGCAGAUGACUCGUGUCUACGCAAGGAAUCGAGACAUCAAAACCAUUGGUGACAUCGCCCUGAAAUACACCAAAGUUGCAAACUGUAAGGUUCAGACACCAACCGUGAAGGAAAUCAAAGCAAGUAGUGUUGUGAUUACGACUCUCACUACGUCUUACAGCCUUCAAUCGUCGGAGCUAUAUGGUCACUUCACCCAUAUCUUGAUAGACGAAGCGGGACAGGCUUUGGAGACGGAGGUACUGCAACCUUUGACCUUUGCUACAGGAAGUACCUGCGUAGUUCUGGCAGGAGAUCAUCUACAGAUGAGCCCUAAGGUAUUUUCUCGCACUGCUCGCCAUGCUAAGUUCCACAUUUCUCUCCUGGAGCGUCUAUUCUACCUGAAGGCGGCCAGAGUUUUGCUGUCUUCAAACUAUCGGACCUGUCAGAAGAUGCUAGACUUCAUCUGCGGGUCAUUUUACUAUGGAAACCGCACAAGCCGCAACUUGAAAGCAGUCGGUGAACAUGAGCCGCAUCCGAGAUUCAAUCAUCCUAUGAUGUUCUUCACGGUAAAAGGAGAGGAUGAGAGGAUGGGCAUGUCGUACGUCAACCACUACGAGGUAGCUAAGAUAGUGUCAACUGUGCGAGACUUGCUUCACGACUGGCCCGAGGAUAAGUGGGGGAAACCAGGAGCUAACUGCAUCUGUGUGGUGGCAUCAUAUAAAAUGCAGAUACGGCAAAUUCGUACUCAACUUCGAAAAGGAGGGAUGGGAAGCAUAGAUGUAUUACCUGUGCAGAGUGCCCAGGGGAAACAGUAUCGGGUGAUGAUCAUUAGCACGGUAAGAACACGAAGCACCCUGAACAAAGCCUACACAACGGCAUUUGUUUCAAAGAUAAGCCCGGCCAAUCACCCAGACGACACAUUCGACUACGGCUUUCUGUCUGACCCCCGACUCCUCAACACAGCGUGUACUCGAGCACAAUCUCUUCUGAUAGUUGUAGGUGAUCCUUCGACCUUGUGCUCUGUAGGUGAUUGCUCCAAGAUAUGGCGAAGGUACUUGAAAGAUUGCGAGGACAACAAAACACUGCUUCCACUGGGGACUACAAUCGCAGGAAUCCAACAAGAGAUGGAAGCAGCUAAACAGCGUUUGAACCCUUCGGCCCCGGUCUUCCAGCCUGCUUCUGAAUCAACCGGCAAGCUUCUUCCAAGGGUUCAUUCUCCAGAAGCCAACAAACCGACCUACUCACCAGAGGCCACAGCAUCGAAGCCAGUUAAUGAUCCAUGGUUGCCCGACGAUGAUACAAUCCUCUCCGAUGGCAUCAUGCGAGAACUGUACAGGCAGAUAAGCCACGAUGAGCGUAGACGAAACAAGUCAGAGGAGGAUCCUGGUGUCGAGCUAGGCGAACCCGAUGAUGCCGAAGUCGAAAGGGAAGUGUCUCUUAAAUGGAAAAGGAAGCCUCCUAAGUUUCGGAUGAUACGGGAAAGCGAUCGCAUAGUUCUAGAUAUCAAGUUUGCCGAUGGAGACAAGAGGGGGGCUGAUGAAUCCGAGGAGUCAGAUUCUGGCGAAGGUUUGAGAAAUGACAAGCACGACGAAAGAAAACGCCAAAACGCUUACAAGCAAGUUGAACAACGUCCAGACAAAUUCAAAAUCUGUUCUUUCCAUUGUGACAAGUCCGGGCACACAUACGCCAUCCCGCGUGAUGAGGGAAUGUGUGGGAAGAUUUCCAUCACCGGCAAAAGACGACGGGGAAGAGCCUUGAAUUUAGAUGAGGUUAUCGUGGAAAUAGUCAACGCGGACGAAUCUGUGGUCUCAGAAAGCAAGAACAAAUACGGGAAGGUCAUAUGCGUGUGCAAGAGGGCAGCUGGAUCCGCUCUCACAUCGAAAGUAGUUUGUAGGCUUGACGAGCAUAUAGACAGGCAAAUGGUUCCGCUUGACCGCACUCUCCCCAAGUUCUUUGUCUUAAGUCGAGAUGAAAAGAAAAGAGGGAGCACAAGUACUAGUCGUGCAUCGCCGGACCUUCGUACCGUGUCUAUCUACCGUUACAGUAGAGAACUUCAGGAAGACUCGCCCUUUGUGAGGAAUGUGAAGGUGUCCAGGAGAGAUCGAGCUCACAAGCUCUUCGUCGUUGAAUAUCUGAAAUGGUUUGCCAAAGAUCCUUACCCAAUGGGUGUGGUUACGGAAGAGCUCCCGCAAGCAGAUUGCAAAGAAACGGGCCUUCGCAUUCUGAAGCUCAUUCAUGGAGUAAAGGAUGACUGGAAAUCUGACUUAAUUGAGGAGGUGGAGAACAAGUUUCCAGAUGAUUGGGAGAUUCCUGAAGCUGAAAUUCAGUCAAGAUGUGACGCCCGAAAUCGAUUCGCCUUUACAAUUGAUCCCCAAGAAAGCCAAGACCUCGAUGACGCUCUGAGUGUAGAUUAUGUGGGAGGAAACUACAGAGUCGGCAUUCAUAUUGCCGAUGUGUCUUACUUCGUGCCUCAUGGUAGCAAGCUGGAUAAAGACGCAAGAGCGAGGGCUACCUCGUUCUAUCCACAUCGUGCUCUCGCCAAACCAAUCAAUAUGCUCCCUCCACAGCUUAGCAACAAGUUAUGUAGUCUGCUGCCACAAAAAGAUAGACUUACCAUUUCAGUCUAUGCCACCCUAGAUGAAAAGGGGAAUUUGGUGGGUGACCCUGAUAUUGAGCGGUCCGUGAUUCGUUCCCGCAAUCAGCUGAGCUAUGAUCACGUAGAAGAAAUCAUCAUGUCGACAAGCAACAAGAGAAACAACAACAUAACCAUCACAGAAAAAAUCUUGACAUUAAAUGAGCUAGCGAAAGAGAGAAGAAGGAUCCGUCUGGGAGUGGGUCGGUUUGCUUUCUCACAUGAUGCUGAAGAAGACGAGGUUCAACAUCCACUGGCGCAUUCUUUGGUAGAAGAAAUGAUGCUCCUUGCCAAUGAGGCCGUGGCCAUUUAUCUUGUGAAGGUAUAUCCCGACUGCAGCCCACUCAGAAGGCAGCUACCUCCAAGUGACGAAAAUGUUGAAGAAUGGUUGAAAAAUCACGCCCAAGACCUUGCAAACAGUUUGGAACUCCAGUCGAGAUGUUUCCAAAAAGAGGUUCAAAAUGAAAUUGACGUGUACGUUCUGAAAGAAAAGUGGAACCUUCUGCAAUCAGCUGUCGAUAAGCAAGACAAUAUUACUACGAUCACCGAUUUAAUAACCAGCGAUGAAAACCACCCGCAGCUUGCCGUGGCCAGAGCAGACUUAUUUAUCAUGCAAGAGACUGCUAACUACAUCAGCACCGGAGAACAUCCAGACACAUCUAGGAGAGGUCAUCACUCGCUGAACAUGCCAGUCUAUACUCAGUUCACAUCACCGAUCCGUCGGUACUUUGAUCUUGUCGUACAUCGAAUGCUGAUUGCUGCCAUUAAUGACGACAAAGCUCGAAGCACUCUGCAUCAGUCAGAACGGCCAUAUAACACAGAUGAGCUUUCAGCAAUUUCUCAUCACUGCAACAUACAACGACUGAAUUCACAAGCUUUUGAGAAGAAGACCCGUGCCCUCCAGUGUGCUCUGAGGCUCGAAGAAGCCCCUCAGUCGUUCGAGGUAUUUGUUGGUGGAUUUUCUGACUCGAGUCUGGAACUGAUAUUUCCCUACAGACGUUUCCUCCCGUCGGUGUGUCCUCUUAGGCUAUUGAAGCCAAUCAGCAAGCCAGAGUUUUAUAGGGAAAAUGCUGAUAUGGGGCUAAGAUGGAAAGAAAGGGUCUACGAGUUGCGUUGCACAACUACUCCCAAACCACGGUUUGUGUCGCAGCUAACUCUGGAUACGGAGCAGAUGAUUGUAAAGAUUUCUGCGGACCAUUGGAAGGAGAUUCUAGGAGCAGUUCAGGCACAGAACAUCGAUGUGAUCCAGAGGGCUGUCAAGGGCGCAGACGGGGAACAACAACUUACAGAGCAAGAAAAAUCUAGAAGACAGAAGCAGCGACGCCUACCUGAGAAUCAGGACCUUCCUAUUGAAGAAGUCACUUGCGAAACCUUAGAUGUAAGAAAACCCUCGCUUUUCGUAAAUUUUCAGAGAAGCUUCAAGCGAGGCGAUGUGUUGAAGGUCCAGCUUAAUGCAACGAUUCAGAGGGGAAUACUGUCACCUUGUGUGCAGCUCUUCUUUCUCACCCCGAAGCUGAGCCUUUGCGCGGAACAUCGAGGGAAUGCAAUUGAAUGCUUUUCCAAAGAGGCAGCACGUCGCCCUCCUACAAAUAUAGGCAGUGUUGAACAAUACCAGGCCGUAUGGCUGCCAAUCAUUCAGAUGGUCUCAGCCUACAGCGCUGUUGUGAGUGAUGAAAGCUGCGUGAUCCAUGACGUAGAUGUCGACUGGCAUUGCACCGAAACAGACGACCAAAAACGAAAUUACAGUGGGACGUUUUUGAUCAAGCAAACUUUCUGUAGUGAUCGGAGUUUUGGUAUGCACAAGGGUGACUACCUUUGUAUGCGCUACAGGGACGUACCUUUGUCUUCCGAGGCACAGAGUAAGCUCCGCGAACUUGGUACCACCUCCACAUCCAGUCAACGUCACAUCCAGUCAUCCAAGACUACGUUCGUUGCCCAUGCAGUCAUUACGUCCAUUGUGGACAUAAAAAAGAAAACCGACGCGUGGACGAUCCAAGUUGAAGUUGGAGUUAAUCAACAUUCAGCCCCUUUUCCAGAUGUGUUGUUUGAGCAGAAUAAGAAAGUAACAACAUGUACCAUCGAGUUAAUACCAAAGGCUAACUCAGACAUCCGCCUUGAGUCUGCAAUAAGACAUCUGCACAACGCGAAGGAGCUGGUCAAAGGAAUAUGCAUGCACCAAAUACCUGCUGUCAGCGACACAGAUCCGGUCAUCAGAAAGCUUCUCGAGGAAGGUAGAAAGAUCGAGGAUUUCUCCAUCACAGGAUCACCAUUUCCCAAACCCAAUGAAUCACAACAGACUGCCUUGAAGAAGGCUCUGCGGCAACAAUUCACAGUCAUUCAAGGACCUCCAGGUACGGGCAAGACAGUGACCGGUGUCCAUCUUACAUAUUUCUUCACGGAAGUCAACAAGCAGCUUCCUGCCUUGGGAAGGGGACCACAAGUUCUCUACUGCGGACCGUCCAACAAAUCUGUAGAUGUCGUUGCCCAUUACAUGCUACGACUGAACAUAGCAGCAGUUCGGGUCUACAACAACAUGAUUGAACAGCAGGACUAUCCCACACCUGGACAGUCAGGAAGAGCAUCGAAGGCUGGAAGCACCAAAGAAACCAAGAUGGAUCCUCAUCUGAGGCAAAUCUCACUCCAUCAUCUCAUCCGGCAGCCAUCCAACCGACACAGUGAGCAAAUCUUGGCACUUGAGCAAAAAUUCCAGAGUCCGGGAUACAAGAUUUCAUUCCGUGAACAAGACAAGUACAAAAGAGCCAUUCACGCAGCUGAGGCUGAAGAACUCAAGAAGUACAAGGUGGUCUUGUGUACAUGCAAUGAAGCUGGGAGCAUACGGAUACAGAGAAAUGUGAAUGCCAUACAGUGUAUCGUGGAUGAGGCUGGCAUGUGCAACGAGCCAGAGACACUGAUACCACUGGUCGGCACUAUCGAAGAAUCGGAAGACCAACCCGUUACACGCAAGAAGGAUGUAAGACAGGAACCACGCCAAAUUGUCUUGAUCGGUGACCACAAACAACUCAGACCUAUCAUUCAGGAGAGGACUGCCGUGCAGCUAGGCAUGGAGACAUCGCUGUUAGAGAAAUACGGAAAGGAGGCCACAAUGCUUACCAUUCAGUAUCGCAUGCACGAAUCAAUAUGUGCCUUUCCAUCAGAGGUGUUUUACAAAGGGAAGCUGGUUACGGCAGACAUUGUGAGACGGCGGCCCCAGCAGCUGAAUAAGACCUGGCCCGGUGGGCGGGGCAACCCCCUUGUGUUUUGUCAUCACAUUGGAAGCGAGGAUAAGCAAAGUGUCAGGACCGAGGAGGGUGGGGAACAGUCACGGGCUAACCCUCAAGAGGUCACACACGUGGUCCGCAUUGCGUCAAACAUGUUGCGUCUAGGCGUGAAACAAGAUAGGAUCGUCAUUCUUACCCAAUACCGCCUUCAGAGGGCGCAGAUCGAAGAAAGGCUGAAGGAAGCCAACAUGAAAGAUAUCCUCGUCAGCACUGUCAUAACCAGUCAAGGUAAGGAGUGGGACUACGUGAUUCUGUCUACAGUCAGGUCACUUCCACGGGUAGAGAUUGACGAGAAAGCAUCCACAGCCUGGAAGAAACGCAACCUGGGAUUUAUCACAGAUGAGAAUCAGAUAAAUGUCGCUAUCACCCGGCCAAAAAUGGGAUUGAUCAUUCUAGGCAACAAGUACUUACUUAGUGUUCACCGCUCAUGGAAGCUUCUACUGGCCCAUUACGAAGAGAAGGGAGCUUUGGUGAACGCAAAGGACUUCCUACCUUAGACUGUGAACGGGAACAGCUAAAAGCUGCUACAGUAAAUCAAGCGUUGAUAGCCAUUGUUAUUACUUUCCUGCAUUAGAUUAAAAAAAAUAUAUCGGUAUUAAUGAGAUGGGCAAGUGUGGUUUCUCAUGAAAAACAAAAAAAGUGUUUAACCUUAGCUGUAGCCACACGUAUAGUUAUAGUGUGCCUUAGCCGAUUGGGAGUCAUUUUGACGAGUGCGAAUCUUAAAAGAUGUAGUCUUAAAUGAUGUUGUAAAACCAAUCCAACCAUCUUACUUCAUAUAACAGAUGCAUAGCAUAGUGUACAAAUAGGUGAUGGGUAAUGGUAAUGGUUUGGUAAAGACCAAUUAAUGGUAAUGUAUCGUUCCGAAUAAAUGGCAAUUAAAUCAUUCCAAAAUCAGACCUCAAGUCAAAUCUGAAGCCUGCAGAUCAAAAGUAACAGGGGAUAAUAAUCACAGGGAUGCCUUUGUCACAUUUUGUUUAAAUAUAGCUUGUCACCUGACUUGAGACUGUGUGACAUGUGACUGACUUUGGAUGCUUAUAAAGCCGAGUUUAUAUUCCUCGGCCGUUUGAAAAUUGUCCCCUCUGACCUUCGGGUGCAUAGAUAUCCUCUAUUGACCUCAUUACUAUAGUCAAUAUGUGCGCGUAUAAUAUUUGCAUCAUUUUGAACAUUGCGAGUCAGGGCGUCUUUCAGGAAAUGUUUCAUCUUCUACUGUAAAUGUCUGAUAUAUAGGCAAAAGACAUAUAUGGUUUUAGCGAAAUUGUUUUUAAUUUCGUUUUUUGUUCUUCAAAUGAUUAAAAAAUCAAAAGAAAGGCGAGUCUUCGCUCGUCCCCUCGCCCUGUCUAAGGAAGCCCAUAAUACCGCCAAUCUAUUUCACACAAAAAACCCUCAUGCAGGACAUAUAGUGGUCGCAAAGCAUUGUGGGAAAGUCUAGUACAAAGUAUGUGCGUUACAUUGAUCUCCAUUAGAAAGUCUUUCUAAUGGAGAUCAAUCGUGCAUUCCCUGCGCACGGGUUAUGCGCAUGCGGAAGUGCUGACCCCGGGUCACCCGCUAAACAAAUGUAUCAAAUGAAAGCUCAAUGAAAGUGCAGAUCACAAGCCUUGAAUAGGGGUCAAGGUACGAGCGAUAGACACACCUUGUAAAACACGCUUGCACUUUGGAUACAAAACACUAUAUUAUUAUAUAUCAUAUGAAAAUAUAUUUAUGAAGGUUUAUAUUAUAUUAGUCAAAUAUAUUUUCCUUUAUACACCUUACUGCACAUUCUACUAUAAAA